GGCUAUGACGUUACCUACUUGAAGAGUGUAGCAGGCCAGGCCAAAAUAUAUGUAAGGCCCCUACAGAAGGAUUUAGACCUGACACCUACUGGGAAGUGGAUACUGGAUUUUGCCCUCAUGAAACAUGCCGGGGUUGCGGAUCAUCCCUCCCACUAAGUCAGCUGAAGAAUCAUAUAGAAUCUUGUCCAGAUGUGAAAGAUGAAGAUUCAGUUUCGACGCCAACGCCACCAUCAAGUCCUUGCUCACCAGCUUUUUCCCCUAUUACCCCUAAAUCCAAUGCGAGUCAGGGUUACGAGAGUGCUGGGCAAACUAAUCAGAGAAGGGAGUCAUACAGGAGAGCGGAGCAAUCAUUUGAUGAUGACAAUGAUGAUUUUAUGUUUCCAGACACUGAUGUCACCAAUAGACCUAUUCUGCAGGUAUCCGCAUGCAUUCAAAUUAUACUGCAGCUUCUCUGUUUUGAACAAUGGCAGAACCGAGAGGAAGCUGAUCUUGAAGUCACUGAGGAAAUCAUGGUGUCUCGGGCAAUUAGGGAGAGUACACAGAGCACCAGUGCACCUGAAGUGAUUGAUCUGUCUGAUGCUGAUUGCUUACCAGAGUCACUAAAUGAUGUUAUCAACCACCUAAAGUUGAAUGUAACUCAGGAGACACAUGAGUAUAAUGUUCGUCGUGAUGAGGUUUUCAGCGACAUGAUGAGAGAAGCCAAGAAGAGAUCUUUUUCUCCAUAUAAACGAGUGAAGACUUACUUUGUAGGGGAACAAGGGAACGACACGGGGGGUCUUACAAGAGAGUUAUGGUGCCUUUUUGCAAGGCAUGUCCAACACAACCUUUGUGAGGGCCAUGAGAAUUGCAAAGUUAUAAGACAUGAUGCUUCUAAGCUGCAGGAGGGUGUUUACAGAAGAGUGGGGGUGCUAAUGGGGGUGUCUCUAAUUCAAGGUGGCUCUGGGUAUCCUUUUUUUGCCCCAUCGACAUUUUCAUAUUUGAGUGGUACCGACGUAUGCUCCAUACUUGUUGGUUGUGAUGAAAUUCCUGAUAUAGAAGUCAAGAAAACCUUACAAGAGAUUAGAUCGGCUUCCGAUGACAAUGCACUGCAAGAAAUAGCUUCCAAUGUCUGUGAUGUUUUGAUCUCUUGUGGCUACACUAAACCAAUAGCUCUACUGAAGCAUGAAGAUAUUCCAACAGUUAUUGAAUGUGUGAGCCUUCACUCUGCCAUCCUCAAGGUCAAGGCGGAGUUGGAUGAAAUCGGGAAAGGCUUGGCUGAUGCUGGAGUGCUGCAAAUGCUGCAGAAAUAUCCUCAUUUUUUUCGGUCACUGUUUGUUUAUGAAGAGUGUGUUCUCACUGCUGAAAAGAUGAUCACUCUGCUAGAGAAACGUACUUUUUCAGAAAAUGGGUCAUCACAACUGGUCAAGGAGAAGACGACUUAUAUUCACUUUUGUGAUCUUUUGGAGGAGUUGGAAGGUGGAAUUGAGAUGGAAGGAGAGAGAAUUGUUACUCUAGGAGAUUGUCUUUCAUUUUUUACUGGAGCACAAAGAAUCCCCCCCACUGGAUUUAUACAGGCGUGCACACUCAAUUUUAGCGAUUCCAAUGUGUAUCCAACAGCGUCUACAUGUGCUCUAAUUUUAACAUUACCAACUUUAUACCACAAUUCAUAUUCAUGUUUCAAAGAAAAAAUGUUAUUUGCUUUCUGCAAUCAUGGUGGUUUUGGCCUCUGUUAAAAGUUGUUGUAUUGUUGCCUCUUCACAAACCAUUCAUCACUUAUUAUGUUUAUAUUAAAUUCAAAACCACGAAGUAUAUACCUUCAUCCACAAGACCAUACAUCUGCAUGAAAAUAUAAUACCUCAAUGAGUGAGGGGACCAUACCUGAAUGAAGGUAGCAUGCCUGAAUGAAAAUAGGAUAUAAUUAUAUAUACCUGAAUGAAGGUAUAUAGCAUGCCUGAAUGAAGAUAGCAUACCUGAAUGAGGGGACCAUACCUGAAUGAGUGAGGAGACCAUACCUGAAUGAAUGAGGGGACCAUACCUGAAUGAGGGAGUGUAUGAUGGUGUAAUUUUGACACUAAUCUCCCUCCAUAAUUCCACGGGGGGAUCCGGGAUCGGAAUGAACUCCCACACCACACGCACAUCCGGACAAUGGCCUUGAGUGACGGAGAAUUGGAGGACUGCUAUGAGGCAGCAGUAGAGGCGGCCCAGAGAGCUGGGAAGGAGGCCAGUGCUGCAGUUGUGAGGGAGAAGAAUGUCCAGACCAAGUCCUCCAUGGCUGAUCUGGUCACUGACACUGACAAGAAGGUGGAGCAGCUGAUCUUCUCCUUCCUCAGGGAGAGGUUUCCCCACCACAAGUUCAUUGGAGAGGAGAGUGUGGGAGAUGAGGGGGAGGAGCUUACCAACCAACCUACCUGGAUUGUUGACCCAAUUGAUGGCACCACUAACUUCGUUCACAGGUUUCCAUUCACCUGUGUGUCCAUUGCGCUGGCAGUGCAGCAAGAGGCUGUGGUGGGUGUGGUUUACAACUUUAUGUUAGACCAGAUGUUUGCGGCAAAGAAAGGGGGUGGGGCUACGAUGAAUGGGAAACACAUCCAUGUGUCAACAUGUACAGAGAAGACUCAGGCUCUCGUCCUGACUGCACUUGGACACCAGCGCUCGGAGCAACUCCUGAGAUCCAAGGUUGAUGCAAUGCUGGACCUUGCUAAAAGCCCUAGUCCUGUUCACGGGAUCCUAAUGACAGGCUCGGCAGCAGUGAACAUGUGUCUGGUAGCCAGCGGCCAGGCUGAUGUCUACUAUGAGCACGGCAUCCACUGCUGGGACAUUGCGGCUGGUGACGUAAUCGUCAGGGAGGCAGGGGGUGCGACUAUGAUGCCAAACGGCAACACUCUGGACCUGAUGAAGAGAGGAAUUCUCUGCUCCUCCUCUACCCAGCUGGCCUCCCAAUUAGUGCCCACCAUUCGCCACAUAUUUCAGAAAGACUGAUGACCAGUAAUGAUAAGUAUAAAACUGAAAUGAGUCACCACAUGUCUGACAGUUCCGCAGUGUGGUGGUGAGGCUUGUGGUAAGGGAGAGGGCCCAGCAAUUCCACAAGGUCUUUGUAGUUGAGC